CAAUGGAUAAGAAAAUUAAAGCAGUGCAACUGAAAAAGAGGAUCGCCCUGGAGAACAUAAAAUCGCUGGAACGGUUCCAGGCGAAAUAUUCGAGUGAUGAUGCCAAGCAGAUUCCGGAGGUGUUAGAAGAUCUGGCGAAACAUAAGGAAGAGUUUUUCACCGCAGUUUCGAAACUGGAAGAGCUUGAAGAUAAAGACGAAGCGGUCGAAGCCAGCAUAAUGGAACGGAUCAACAUUGAAGAACGCUGUCGCAAGCUAAAAUCAUUUCUACGGGAAAGACAGCCAAAGGAAGAAGGUUCGCUCAACGAUACAACGGGCUUGGCUUCCUCAACGCUUGCAUUCGGUCGACCCCACGCGCCAAAUUUACGUUUGCCCAAAAUCGAACUUCCAACAUUUGACGGAGAUCACACAAAAUGGCUUUCUUUCCGAGAUCGCUUCAUCGCAAUGAUCGACGCUUCAGCCGAGCUUCCAUCUAUCGCGAAGCUACAAUACUUACUGUCAUCGUUGAAGGGGGACGCGGCGGUACCCUUCGAGCAUACACCUUUAACGGCGGACAACUAUUCGGUUACCUGGGCGGCGCUUCUUAAACGGUACGACAAUUCUCGUCUUUUGAUUCGCGAAUACUAUCGCAAAUUGCACUACCUUCCGGGAGUGCAAUUGGUGUGCGUUGACAAGCUCACGCACCUGGUGGAUGAAUUCACCCGCUUCGUCAACGGGUUGAAAAAGCUGAACGAACCGGUUGACUCGUGGGACACACCCCUCUCAAACAUGCUGCUGAUGAAGUUGGAUCGAGAGACAUUGUUGGCUUGGGAGAAACAUUCCGUGCACUUCACGACGGACAAAUAUAAGGAUGUGAUCGACUUCGUGCAAGAUCGUAUCCAAAUCUUGAAAUCGACCAACAACUUCGUGAAGGAUCAAGCAGCUAGUGGUAUCAAGGUGGCCGGUCUCAUUCGUCAACCAGGGCAACGGAGAUUCAUCGCGAAUGCAGCUACAUCUCGCUCGGCUCCUGCUGCAUCGACUGCGCACACCCAACAGCCAAAGUGUCCAUUGGAGUGUUCCGAAGACCACACACUGCGCAACUGUCCAGUGUUCAUCGCCAAGGAGGUCCAACAGCGACGGGACGUCGUCGCAUCGAAGCGGCUGUGCUGGAACUGUUUGAGCAGCAAUCAUCAGGUUAGAGCGUGCAAGUCGGAUUAUUCGUGUCGCACGUGUCGUGAGCGUCAUCACACACUUCUACAUCAUUCACCACCCUAUGCUCCACCCGCAACGGUAACAUUGUCAGCUCAGUCGAAUGAAGACAAUGUGUUUCUGGCGACGGCAAACAUCCAGAUCAAGGAUGACUACGGGAACACCCAUGAAGCAAGGGCGUUGUUGGAUUCGGGAUCCAUGUCGAAUUUCAUCGCUGAGGAGUUCGCACGGAAACUGCUGACGAGUUGCAAAAGGGUCAACGUCGCUGUAUCGGGCAUCGGCAAUGCAGUACAGCAGAUCAAGGGUUCCAUCGUCGCUACCGUUCAGUCCAAGACACAACCCUUCGCAACGGAGAUGACUUUCUUGGUUCUGGACACGCCAUCCGCAAACAUCCCUACAUCACCAACGGACGUCUCUUCAUGGAAAAUGCCGGACGUGGCAUUGGCGGACAGCACCUUUAACAGUCCGGGGCAAAUCGACAUCGUCAUCGGAGGCGAUACGUUCUGGGAGCUCCACACCGGUCGCAAGUGCUCUAUCGGUAGAGGCAAACCGUGGCUGGUCGAAACCCACUUUGGUUGGGUUGUCACCGGCAACACUCAUCAUUCGUCAGUCGGUCCGCGGCUGUGCCAUCUAUCUGCAUACGACACCCCACUGGAGGAGACCAUGCAGCGGUUCUGGGAGAGUGAAACCAUAGCCGAGGAUCCUGUGCUAUCGGUUGAGGCGAAUGCUUGCGAAAAGCAUUUCGCAGCAACAACUGUUCGCAACUCAAGUGGAAGGUAUGUCGUUAGUUUGCCAUUUAACUCCAACCCUAAUAUCGUUUUAGGAGAGUCGAAGGAAAUAGCCGAUCGCAGACUGCGUUGUAUCGAACGGCGGUUGAACACCAAUGCUAAAAUGAAAGAAGAGUAUGUUAAAUUUAUGAAAGAAUAUGAGCAUUUGGGGCAUAUGAAGCGGCUUACCAGUCCUGCAAACGAUUCGGUAGAGCAUUACUACCUCCCACAUCACGCUGUCAUUAACGAAUCAAGCACAACCACGAAGGUGCGUGUCGUGUUCGAUGCAUCCUGUAAGACUUCGAGUGGUUACUCAUUGAACGACAAACUCUUCGUGGGACCAGUCGUUCAAGAAGAUCUUCUAUCAAUUAUCCUUCGGUUUCGUUCUCGUGCCAUUGCUCUCACUGCAGACGUAGAGAAGAUGUAUCGGCAAAUUUUACAUAGCCCUCAUGACCGUAACUAUCUGCGCAUCCGGUACAGAGAACAUCCUGCAGAUCCUAUAUCGACAUUUGAGCUACAGACGGUUACGUACGGCACAGCCUCUGCUCCAUUUUUAGCAACCAGGACCCUAAAACAGAUUGCUCUUGACCACAAGGAAGAGUAUCCUUUGGCAAUGAACGCGGUCAUGAACGAUUUUUACGUAGAUGAUUUGCUAACGGGUACCGAUGAUUUGUCCGAAGCAAUCGUUAUACAAAGGCAAAUCUCAGACAUGCUAAAUUCAGCUGGCUUCACGCUGAAGAAAUGGGCAUCGAACCGCUCCGAAGCAUUGAAGAACGUUCCUUCAGAAGAUGUGGCGGUACAACUCUCGCACGAGUGGAAGAGCUCGAAACAAGUAUCCACACUAGGCAUCGUUUGGGAACCGGCAACUGAUACACUACGGUUUCGUAUUGAGAUACCACCUACAACACCCAGCAUGACGAAAAGGUUAAUUUUGUCAUAUAUCGCCAAGAUAUUUGAUCCCCUCGGGCUACUGGGCCCAACGAUCAUCAUCGCAAAGAUGUUCAUGCAGCAACUAUGGGAUCUCAAGAUUCAUGGAAAGGCAUAUGACUGGGACAGCGAGCUACCAUCGCACUUACAGCAUGAAUGGUCGAAAUUUCACUCUACAUUAUCUUCACUACGCAAUUUGACAGUCCCACGUUUGUUCUCACGAUUUUCGAUCUACCACAAACUGCCAAGAGUUGUUGCACAUUGUUUGCGCUUUAUACAAAACGCAAAGCGCCGCGUAGGAAACAAGGUCCAUGCUAAGGAUAUCCCAACGCUCACUGUAGACGAACUCAAGGCGGCAGAACUCAAGUUGUGUUAUCUUUCGCAACAAGACACCUUUUCCGAGGAGAUACAACACCUGCAGAAGGGCAAAGAGAUUCCGAAGAACUCCAAACUGAAAUGGAUUUCCCCUUUCAUAGAUACGCAAGGUAUUCUGCGCAUUGGUGGCCGGCUCAGUAAGGCACAUCUGUCGGAAUCAGAAAAACACCCGGUAAUAUUAUCACUGUCCGCACUACUAGCUGUUUCGAUACACUUGACAUUUAUCAAUGCACUUCGUCGUUUGAUUGCACGUCGUGGUCAAAUCAGUGAACUGCAUUCCGACAAUGCAACCACCUUUAAGGGAGCGGCACAUGAGCUGAAUCGCGUCUACAAGAUGCUAAAGAGCGACGAACACGAUCGAGCUGCUAUAUUUGAUUGGUGCGCGAUGAAUCAUAUGAAGUGGAAGUUUAUCCCACCAAGAGCACCACAUUUUGGAGGUUUAUGGGAGGCGGCGGUGAAGGCAGCUAAAAAGCAUAUGGUCAGAACAAUAGGAACAACAAGCAUCACACAGGAGAGCAUGCUUACCCUACUUGCCCAGGUAGAGCAAUGUUUGAAUUCGCGACCAAUUACACCUCUAUCCGAUGAGCCGUCGGACUUGGAACCAUUGACACCGGGACACUUCCUCGUCGGUGGCAAUCUGCAAGCGGUACCAAUCAUCGAUUACACCGAGACACCGAGCAACUAUUUGAGGGAAUACCAGUUGGUACAAAAACAUCUGCAAACCAUUUGGGCUCGAUGGUAUCCGGAGUACCUGCAGCAGUUACAAGCUCAAGCCAAAUAUUGCAACGGGAAAUCAGCGGUUCUGAAAGAAAAUACACUGGUGAUUAUUAAGGAAGACAAUGUACAUCCUACCUCGUGGCCGAUGGGGCGCAUCGUUGCAGUACACCCUGGAAAGGACGAUGUUGUUCGCGUCGUUACACUGCGCACUGCUUCAGGGAAGCAAAUCGUCCGCGCAGCUAAUCGUCUGGCGGUUUUGCCUAAUCCGGACGUAAUUAGCAACUUAGAGCAGAAGGAAACCACUGGCACUGAGUAA